GAUUUAAAACAUAAAAUAAAACGCUGCCAUCAUGAAGUGCAAAAAGAUAAUCUUGAAGCAAAUGUAUAAUGGAUUUCCAAAAAAGUCUGAUUUUGAGAUUGUUGAUGAAGACGUCGCUGAAGAUCUACAAAAUGGAGAAUUCCUUUACGAGUCUCUUGCAAUCAGCGUGGAUCCGUAUAUAAGAGCAUAUGCUGGGGCAGCAUACAAGCCUGGGGAUACAGUAAUUGGAACUGCGCUUGUACGGGUGACAAAAAGCAAAAACGAACAAUUUCAAAACGGGAAACUUCUUGUUCUACAUUGUGGAUGGAGAAACGGUGGUAAAGCCAAAGAGAGUGACGUGCUUUUUGUGCGAGAUGACAUGCCAGCAUCAGUGCCAGAAUCAGCAGGCCUUGGCUUAUAUGGAAUUGCUGGAUUAACAGCCUGGGUCGGAUGGAUACUCGUAUGUAAAAUAAAAGAAGGAGAAACAAUCUUUAUCAGUGGCGCAGCAGGAGCCGUCGGAAAUGUUGCAGCUCAGAUUGGAAAAAUUAAGGGAUGCACCGUUGUUGGAUCUUGUGGUACAGACGAAAAAGUAAAAUUUUGUAAGAAUAUUGGAUAUGAUGCAGUAUUCAACUACAAAAAAGAGUCUGAAAGUUUGGAUGCAGCUAUCAAACGAGUUGCCCCGAAAGGAAUAGAUUGCUACUUCGACAACGUUGGAGGUUCUUUUUCAAGCACUAUUUUACGUAACAUGAAUUCUGGUGGACGAGUGGGAGUAUGUGGAUCUAUAUCUGCUUACAACGAAACUACUCCUGUAUUAGCUCCCAUCGUUCAAACUUCGAUGGUGUCAAGUGAACUGAUGUUGAAAGGAUUCCUAUUGAGAUCUUAUGUGAGUAACUAUAAGGAAGCAUAUGAAGAUCUGAAAAAAUGGACGAUUGAGGGAAAGAUGAAAUGUCACGAAAAAGUUACGAAAGGAUUCGAAAACGUUCCCGACGCAUUUAUCGAUAUGCUGCGAGGAGGAAACGUUGGCAAAGCGGUUGUAAGGCUGUAAAUUUCAAUCACCGUACUAUCAUUAUCAUUAAUAAAUAUAUUGUAUCAAUUUAACAGUAUUACAAUUUGAUUCGUACGCCCUCGUACUAACCUCAUACUUUGAUGACGUCAUAAUAUCAUGCCCGGUUAAAUAUAUGCCCUAUGUUUGAUGUUUGAUCAAACCUAUCAUGCAAGGCCUUCUAAGCUAAUCAAACUGAAUCAUUGUUUGCAAUUUAUUAUCGACUUUUCCGGCUUUUUAUAAUAUUACUGAUAACAAUUGAUUUCAGUUUUAUCAGCAUAUUUCUUGGUACAAUAUCGACGAUUAAAAUAAGUGCCCUGAGGAGCAAAGAAAAUAUUUUUUUCCCCACAUUUCACCUAGAUUUUCUGUUAGUCUAUAAUGGCUACAUUGAGAAAACCACAUUAUUUCUUUUCAUAGUUCGGUUUUGCUUUGAGAUUUGGCUGAUUUGAGUAAUGUUCAACAUAUAAACAUACACAAAUUAUAUAAAUUGAUUUUA